AUGCAAUUGUACGAAGAACAUUUGAAGUCUUUCAAUGUUAGUCUUCCCUUUCAAAGACUUCUUUAAGAAAAGAUAGGCAGCGAGGAAGUCGUCCUCACGACAAAGUGCCAAUUUUCGAAGCUUCCAAUAAAUAUUCCAGUUAGACAUUCUCCUAUCAGCUACGUGCACUGUAUUUUCGAUUUAAAUUCUUGGUUGGAGCACUUCAAAAAUAUGUAAAAUAAAGUUGAACCUACGGGAUUUGCUUGUCCAGGCUGCCGAAAGUACACUAAUUUUAAGGAUUAUGGAGUGGAUUACACUUUCUAUCAUGUGCUAGAAUAAUUAAAACAGUUCAAAAUAAAGAAUCCAUUUCUCUAAUUAAAUGAAUCAUAAUUGAUCUAUUAGUAAAGCAAAAAUAUAUACAUUGUCGAAACGAAGGUGGCCAAUAAGUUGACCUCCUCCUUCAAUCACAAGAUAAAAGUGGUGCCUCAAAGACACCAAUUGCCAGGGAGCACACCAAUCUUGGGUGUGUCUAGAAGAAUGAAGGAAAUAAACAAUGGUCCUUAAAAUGAGGAGCAAAGAAGAAUACUCGAUGAAAUAAGUUAAACCAUAGUAAAAUUGCAACAACUCCUCUUCAGUAUGCUAUAUAAGUUGUACAAAAAAAAUCAAAACUUCACCUUCAAAGUCUUGCAAGACAGAGUCUCAGCCAAAAAGCAAUAAUUCAAAUAAGCACUCAACCAAUCCUUAAAAUUAAUCUCUCUAGGAAAGAAAUCAUUAAAUGAAGACUACGUGUUCGCUCUUAAAAAGAUCUACUCCAACAACCAAAUCUAUUCGAUUCUAAUUGUCUACUUGAUCCAAUAUGGCAUCUGGUAUGAGUAUCCACUCACAUUCAAGGGCCAACCCUACGUUUAAUUGGAGUAGGCUUUGUACAUCAAAGGAGAAGGCAAUCAGACCCAGAACAUAAUCUACGUAAUCGGCGGUCAAAAGGCAGAAAGAUUCAGUCAAUCCAACUAGUGUUUAUAGAUAGCAUUUCCGAAAAACCCAUUUCAAAAUGUUGAUGAGGGUGUCCAGAUCACUCAAUUGCCUGAUUUCCCAUUGGAGGGGUAUAAUUUUAUGGGAACCAGUUAUAAAGGAAAUCUAUAUGUGUUUUACGGUUAGAAGUAGUUGAGGAACAAUGACAAUCAAAUUAGAGCUCAAUUGUUGAAUAGUCAGUAUGUUUUGAAGGAUGUUGCGUACAAUAGAAGAUGGGAAUAAAUGAAGAACAACUUGGUUGAAAGAUUUGACGGUAGUUUCUUUACGAUAACUCAUUAAUAAUUUGAUAAGUUGAUCAUAUUCUUUGGCGGUGUAACCAAGGAUCCAGAUGGUCUCACUAAUUACAGAUGUCAACAAUAGCAUUCAGGGUAGAUCUUUGUUUGCAAAGAAGAGAAGUUCUUGGGAAAUGUUAAAUAGGAUUUCCAAAUUCAAUUUGCUGGGGAUGAAGUAUAUCACAAAUCAGUUCUAGGAUCUCCAGUUUUUAGUUGUCCCUAUUACGGGAACAACCAAUUGAUUCUGUCUGGAGAGUGUUUGAAACACAAAAACACUGAGCAGAGGGAGAUUUACACAUUUGAUUGGGCUAAUGCUGUAGUUAAACAAAAUGAUCUAUUCUCGUUGGAACCUCCUGAAUUGAUCUUAACUCCCUACAGAAGAAGAACAGUGUAAUAUGAAAUAUUCUCUCCUGUGUAAGACCCUCAGGGAGGAAUAUCUUAUGGAUUCUUUUAUGUCAUUCAUCAAUACGAGGUUGAACAAAGUUACAAUGACAAACAGCCUAAAAUACUGACUUAAUUGCUGAAAAUCAAUUUGACAAAUGGACUAUUUUUCACAAUACCUUAUCAAGACUCCCAAACUUCAAGACAAUUGGCUCUGUAAAAUUUAGAAAAAUUAGCCGAUAGGCCCAAUUAGUACCUUUGAUGAGAUUAAUUUAUUUUAAUAAUAGAGCAGGAAUAUUUAAUGUAAUUUCUACA